AUGUUGAAGCCCGGCGACCCAGGCGGAUCUGCUUUUCUGAAGGUGGAUCCAGCUUAUCUCCAGCACUGGCAGCAGCUGUUCCCGCAGAGCAGCCAGCUCAAGAGCAGCGGGGCCCUCACCCAGCUCCCACCGCCCGAGAGAGCGGAUCCCUCGGCUGACAGCCUCCGCCAGCGCCCAGCCUCUCUCUCCUCCGCUUCCUCUUCCUCCUCUUCGUCCACCCCAUCUUCUUCCACCUCCUCUUGCGCCGCCGCCGCCGCUUCCCUGGCCGGGCUGACCUCCAUCUCUGUGGCCCAGAUUCCUGUCUUUGGACCGCUACCGAGCUCCGAGUCCCCCUCCGGAGCCCCGGCCUCCCUGCAGAGCAAAGACUUGUGCGGCGGGGGCGCCAAGUGCAGCGAGCGGGCUGCGCCCAGGUUUCGAUGUACAGCAGAGGAGCUGGACUAUUACCUGUAUGGACAGCAACGCAUGGAGAUCAUCCCCCUGAACCAGCACACCGGUGACCCCAACAACCGAUGUGACAUGUGUGCUGAUAACCGCAACGGAGAGUGCCCCAUGCAUGGGCCACUUCACUCUCUGCGCCGCCUAGUGGGCACUAGUAGUGCUGCAGCCGCAGCACCUCCACCUGAGAUCCCUGAAUGGCUCAGGGACCUUCCCCGGGAAGUGUGUCUGUGUACCAGCACUGUGCCUGGUCUGGCCUAUGGCAUCUGUGCUGCUCAGAGGAUCCAGCAGGGCACCUGGAUUGGGCCUUUCCAGGGAGUUGUCCUUCUGCCGGAGAAGGUUCAAACGGGAGCCAUCAGGAACACUCAGCACCUCUGGGAAAUAUAUGACCAAGAUGGGACACUACAGCACUUUAUUGAUGGCGGGGAACCCAGUAAGUCAAGUUGGAUGAGGUAUAUCCGAUGUGCAAGGCACUGUGGGGAACAGAACCUAACAGUAGUUCAGUACAGGUCAAAUAUAUUCUACAGGGCCUGUAUAGAUAUCCCCCGAGGCACCGAACUGCUGGUGUGGUACAAUGACAGCUACACAUCUUUCUUUGGAAUCCCUUUACAGUGUAUUGCACAGGAUGAAAACUUGAAUGUCCCUUCAACUGUAAUGGAGGCCAUGUCCAGACCAGACACCCUACAGCCAUUUAACAAAAGUAGCAAACUACCCCCUGCCACACCACAGCGAUCCAUAGUAUUUCCACAGACUCCGUGUAGCAGAAAUUUUUCUCUUCUGGAUAAGUCUGGGCCUAUCGAGUCAGGAUUUAACCAGAUCAGUGUCAAAAACCAACGAGUUCUUGCAAGCCCAACGUCAACCAGCCAACUAAAUUCUGAGUUCAGUGACUGGCACCUUUGGAAAUGUGGGCAAUGCUUUAAGACUUUCACCCAGCGGAUCCUCUUACAGAUGCACGUGUGUACGCAGAACCCUGACAGACCCUAUCAGUGUGGCCACUGCUCCCAGUCCUUCUCCCAACCUUCAGAACUAAGGAACCACGUAGUCACCCAUUCCAGUGACAGACCUUUCAAGUGCGGCUAUUGCGGCCGUGCCUUUGCUGGUGCUACAACACUCAACAAUCAUAUCCGGACGCAUACGGGGGAAAAACCCUUUAAGUGCGAGAGGUGUGAGAGGAGCUUCACACAAGCCACCCAGCUGAGUCGACACCAGAGGAUGCCCAAUGAGUGCAAGCCAAUAACAGAGAGCACAGAAUCAAUUGAAGUGGAUUAA